AUGCUUGCUGCUCGAGAUCAGGAGAAUUUGGUGCAUUCUCACCAGACGGCCGCGGCUGCGAAGCCCCUCAACCAGAACAUCCGAUCAUUCGCGCCAAAGACUCCUGGAAAUAAAGUACCCAAGACGCCAUUCAGGAUCCCACUCAACGAUGAAAAUAAUCCCUUGACAUUUGGUGGCUUGGGAAAGCAAUCGGUCGCGGGACCUCGGUUUCAAACGCAGAAGGAAAAUGUUAUCCGACGGACUGGAAAAGAUGGGGAAGGGGAGAAGGGUGCUUUCGCUACACCGAUGGGUCCUCGCAACCGCGCUCCCCUGGGAAUGAAAACCACGAAUGCAAAGGCCUUUCAGACGCCAGCUCCACAGCUAGGGACCAACAAGCCUGCAAGAACAGGUAAACGAAGCUCGACCGUCCGCAAAUUGAAGCAGUCUGCACCGAAACAAGGGAAUACUCAGAAAACGUCGAGAAACGUGCAGGAUGAAGAAAUUCCUGACAUUGAGUACAUGCCACCGACGCCGCAACCGCUUCCUGACCCACCCGAGGAUAUCCCCUAUGAUAAUAGCUUUCCGCAGUUUAAAGGACGAAAUUUUGCUCGAGGGUGGACAAGGCUGUAUAAUGACGAGUACGAUAUUGGAGAAGAUGGUCUUACCAAGAAGGAGAGGGAGUGGCGAGAGGAACAAGAAGCAUUCGAUAAACGAUUUGACGACCUCAUUUUGCAGCAGGUGCGAGAGAUGGAGUCGCUGAAUAUCAAGGAGUUCCCUGAUGAACCUUGCAUCGAGGAGCUUGAAGCCAAAAGGUUGAAAGGCUUAGAAAAGAAAAAAGCGAAUAAACCCAAUAUUAACAGGCAUGUCUCUACUCUGCAAUCGCGUUCCGCGGCCAAGGCGCUCUCGCGGCUGCCUCGACCAGUUGCCCAUCCAAAGACUAGACCCGCUCCCACUGCGCGGCCAAGAGUGAUUACGGGUUUGACGUCCAAGAGAAAAUCUACCGUCCCAUCGAAUCCCUCCUCCAUGAGACACACAGCUGCUGUCGUCACUUCAAGGACGACCCUUGGCUAUGCUAAAGGACGCGGCGUAUCCUCUGCGUUACGGGGUCGAGCAUCCAAGGAAGAAGUGAAGAAAGUAUCGUCGACAAAGAGCAUUAUUUCCCCGGACAAAUACAUGGAACUCUAUGGGCCGCCACCCUUCGGCACGGAAAUGUGGCUGCGAUGCAAAACAGCCGGCCUCUUUGACACUGAGGACGUGGACCAGGCAAUUCUCGACGAAAUUCCUCCAUCAUUUUACCAGGAGGAUGAGGAGACGGCCAAUUUUCAACUCACAUUGUAG